AUGGCGUCGUCAAUAUUGCCAGAGGGCGUUCAUUCGUUCCUCGAUACUGACUUGUACAAGCUGACGAUGCAGUGUGCGGUCCUACAUUACUUUCCUACCGUCGAUGUCGAAUACAAAUUCACGAACCGAACUCGUCACAUGCGGCUUAACAAACGCGCAUUCACAUGGCUAGAAGAGCAGAUCGCGAAGCUAGCUGCAAUCAGACUGUCACAGCAAGAGUUGGAAUUUCUCAGAAAACACUGUCCCUACUUAAGCUCGGAGUACCUGGAGUUCUUGCAAGCAUUCCAGCUGCGGCCUUCGGAACAGAUUUCCGUCAAGUUUACCCCAGUUGACGACACUUAUGGAGACGUGGAUAUCACCAUUUCGGGGCUUUGGGUUGAGACAAUACUUUACGAAAUACCAUUACUUGCCCUCACGAGCGAAGCGUAUUUCAAAUUUGUGGACACUGACUGGAGCCAUGAAGGACAAGAGGCGAGGGCGUAUGAGAAGGGGGUACAGUUGCUGGAGGCUGGUUGCCUUUUCUCAGAGUUUGGUUCACGAAGACGAAGAGACUUUCACACUCAUGACCUCGUGGUCAAAGGUCUGGUGCAGGCGUCAAAGGCAAAGGAUUGGCCGGGCAAGUUAACAGGCACGAGCAACGUAUAUUUUGCCAUGAAACACGGCAUAGCUCCCGUGGGGACGGUAGCGCAUGAAUGGUACAUGGGAAUAGCCGCGCUCACGGAUGAUUAUGAACAUGCCAAUGAGCAAGGACUUCGUUACUGGCUCGACUGCUUCGGAAAAGGUGUCCUUGGAAUUGCCUUGACAGACACGUUUGGUACGGCGGAUUUCUUUGAAGCGUUCAAGAAGCGCAUACCCGAAAAAACAUCAGCGUCCAGAGGUGGCGCCCUCGACAAAUCAAUUGGGGGCACCUCUUCCUCGGGGCAACCUACCUACGCUGAGGUCUUCACCGGCAUAAGACAAGAUUCCGGAGAUCCCCGAGAGUAUGUCAAGCUCGCGAGCGGCUUCUACAAAUCUAUGGGAAUCAGCGGGAAGAGUGUCGUGUUUUCGGAUUCACUGGACGUGGAGAAAUGCCUGGUGUACAAGAAGGUGGCAGAAGAAUACGGCUUCAAGCCUUCGUUUGGCGUAGGGACGUUCUUCACGAAUGACUUCAGCCUGCUUUCAGAUCCACACACCAAGUCGAAACCGCUCAACAUUGUCAUCAAGCUGUCUAAAGCGGGAGGCAGACCAGCAGUCAAGAUCUCCGACAUUAUAGGAAAAAACACCGGAGACAGUGCGACCGUGCAAGACGUGAAGCGCCGACUAGGCUACACGGAACGCGAAUGGGCAGAGGGUGACGAAGCGAAGAGAUGGUGA